GAGAGGCUGACUGCCAUUUUACACUGGAGCUGCUACAUGUCCUAAGUGAUACCACACAACUUACUCAUCUUUACACAAGUCAACGUGUUUGUUUUAAGCAGACGUGCUGCGUGGACAGCGGCACACUGUGGCCACGCAUCCACUGCGACCUCUUGUUUUCACCACACCAGCCAAUUUAACAGUGGCGUGAAAUAACCACGGUAGUAGCACAAGGCCCUGGAUGGAUAGUCUGGACCCUGAAACCCUCUAUGUGUCCCCAGAGCAGGCUGGACAUCCCCCACUCCCCCUCCCGACCUUGGAAAUCUCUGACGUGGCACUGGUGGGUGGAAAGAAGAUGAAUGGGUCUCUGGACCACCCUGACCAACCAGAUGUUGAUGCGAUUAAGAUGUUCGUGGGACAGAUUCCACGGUCCUGGUCCGAGGAGCAGCUUCGUGAGCUGUUUGAGCCUUAUGGAGCUGUCUAUGAGAUUAAUGUUCUUCGAGACCGUAGCCAGAACCCGCCACAGAGCAAAGGCUGCUGUUUUAUAACGUACUAUACUCGCAAAUCAGCCUUGGAAGCACAGAAUGCUCUGCACAACAUGAAGAUUCUCCCAGGGAUGCACCACCCAAUCCAAAUGAAGCCUGCUGACAGUGAGAAGAACAACGCGGUGGAGGACAGGAAGCUGUUUAUUGGAAUGAUCUCUAAGAAGUGUAAUGAGAACGACAUCCGACUGAUGUUCUCACCAUACGGACAGAUAGAGGAGUGCCGAAUACUGCGAGGCCCUGAUGGACUCAGUCGUGGUUGUGCGUUUGUGACAUUCACAGCAAGACAAAUGGCACAGUCAGCCAUCAAAUCCAUGCACCAGUCUCAGACCAUGGAGGUAAACUUCAACCUCACACUUUGUGGCUGCUCAUCACCCAUCGUGGUGAAGUUUGCAGACACUCAGAAGGACAAGGAGCAGAAGCGCAUGGCCCAACAGCUGCAGCAACAGAUGCAGCAACUCAGUGCUGCCUCCAUGUGGGGGAACCUCACUGGGCUCAACAGCCUGGGGCCACAGUACCUAGCAAUCUACUUACAGUUGCUGCAGCAGUCAGCCUCCACAGGGAAUGCACUCAACAACCUGCACCCUGUUUCAGGUCUUAAUGCCAUACAGAACCUGGCUGCUUUAGCAGCAGCAGCAACUGCCACACAGGCCACGCCCACAGGCUCCAGCGCCAUGACAACAUCUAGUAGCCCACUAAGUGCACUAACAAGCUCAGGCUCCUCUCCUACCUCCAGCAGCAACUCCUCAGUGAACCCUAUGUCUUCUUUGGGUGCUCUGCAGUCUCUCGCUGCUGGUGCUGGAGCUGGCCUCAACAUGGGCUCCCUGGCAGGCAUGGCGGCACUAAAUGGCAGCCUUGGCUCCGGAGGCCUGUCUAAUGGCUCAGGAAGCACCAUGGAGGCCCUGAGCCAGGCCUACUCCGGCAUCCAGCAGUAUGCUGCUGCCGCUGCCCUCCCCAGUUUGUACAACCAGAGUCUGCUGCCCCAGCAAAGUGUGUCAGCUGCAGGCAGCCAGAAAGAAGGACCAGAAGGCGCCAACCUCUUCAUUUACCACCUGCCCCAGGAGUUUGGAGACCAGGAUUUGCUCCAGAUGUUUAUGCCCUUUGGAAACGUCAUCUCUGCUAAAGUCUUCAUUGACAAACAGACAAACCUCAGCAAGUGCUUUGGCUUUGUGAGCUAUGACAACCCGGUGUCAUCACAGGCAGCCAUCCAGUCAAUGAAUGGUUUCCAGAUCGGUAUGAAGAGGUUGAAGGUGCAGCUGAAGCGCUCAAAGAAUGACAGCAAGCCCUACUAAUGGUGCUGAGGCACUGCAGAGUUAGUUAGGCAGGGUGGUGUUAUGGUAAGUGGAGUAUGAAUAACCAAGACUGGUCCACAGAAACUUGUCUGUGCAUUACAGUGUGGUGUCUGCUGCGCUGCCUCUCCUGGUCAUUGUACCGUGUCCAGGCAAAGACACACAUGAAGCUACAUGCAAGAGAGUUUGGGCUAGACUGGAUUCUUCCUGUGUUCUGUUGUGGUUUAUGCACUUUGUUUUCAUUUUAACAAAUGAGAGAAACAGGUGUAUUUUAAUUUAAGUUGAAAUGUUAUCAGUUUGCUGUGGUAUAUAAUAAAUAUAUGAGUUAUUUGUUAGGAUAUGUUGCACUUUGACAGUCAGGUGCCAAACCCAUGUGCUUUUUUACUUCCUGUUCCCCCUGCACUCCACCACCACCCAGGCUCAGCUUAAAGCUCCUUCACACAGGAGCUACAUCAGAUUAGAAAACAGAAGUCCUCACAUUUCUUUUACAAACCAAAUGUGUGGUUUCCCUUCUGUAUUAGGCAUCUGUAUUAUCUCUUAACAUUGAAACCGUGUAUGUGAUCUACAUCUAAAUUCGUAGUGAGGUACAGAGGCUCAGAUUGUUCUUAAGGAGGAGCUCCACUAACACAUGCAGACAUAUGGACGCAUUUGUCCUCAAGCAGUGUGUGCGUCUUUGGUAGUGACAACAUAUCCUUCAUCAGUGACUGCUGUGACAGUUGGGCUGUAAGCAGCCCGUUCUUUUUCUCUGGUGUUUCAACUGAGCUAAAAUGAUUGAGGUCAGGCUUACAUCCUCCUGUAACCUCCCUGAUAGAAGGAGAGAAGCUUGAUGGCCUCUGUUAACAGUCAAAUCUUAAAAUGACACAUUAAUGCUAGUCUAUAUCUGAAGUGUCUGGCAGCUGUUGCAUGGCUUACACUAAUCAAGUAGCCUCAGGUAGAUGAGCACACGUCUGCGUUUAGGUUUUGUUGUCUAUAAACAUUGGCUGGAAUUGACAGAAAUAUUAUACUUCUGUUCCCCAGUGUGUUUUCUUUUAGUUUACAACUUUUCUAAUGCAGCUGAUAUAGCAUGUGUGAGUAAUCUAACCCCAGCAUGUUUUGGUGGUGCUCCUUCUGUGCUGCUGCACUCUGAGUGACUCAGAUAAAUAUGAGUCUGUCUAAUGGAGAUUCAAAGCCUCAACGAAAUACAUUUUCUGGUUAUAGUUUGUUUCCACUUUGAAAUCAGGGGAUUUUUUAAAGAUUCAUCGCACCCCUACCUACUGUCCUGCUAGUUAGCGGCCAGCUAAUCUACAGAGGGCUACUUCACUAUGUCGCUCACUGGAUCUCUUCUUUGAUUGGAGAACUCAUAUAAAUGUAAAAUUACUCAAGACAAACAUGUUAGACGCUUAGACUUCCAUUAAAUCAUGUGUAAGUGCUUGUGUGUGUGUGUGUGUGCGUGCGUGCGUGUGUGAGUUUUUUUUAAAUAGAACUAGUUGGCAAGACAAUUGUUGAGAUGUAUAUUUAAACUAUUUUGCCUUUUCUAUUUUUAUAUAGGUUUUAUACUUCCCCUGUGUGUUGGGGAACUAUUUAUUGCCUAAAUUAUUUAUCUGAAUAGAAAUUAUUUUGAAAGACAAAUGUGAAGUCCAACAAACUCCACUUGAUCUCCUGGUGUGUGUCCUCUCUUUGCCUGUUCAGCGUUGUUUUCUUUUUGGUGAUGUUUACUAUGUGUCAGUGUGGCAUGGACUGUGUGUGUAGGAUCCAUCAGUGCUGCUACAGACUUCAUAGAACCCCUUCUCUGUCAUACAUGCCUCCAUCUGAAUAAAUAUUUGCCAAAAAAUAACACAGGGAGCAUAGUUUAUUAUAUAAGUCCAUUUUAAUAUGUGCCUGUUGGUCCUGUCUUUCUAUAUACAUAUAUAGCCAUCCAAUAUGUGACAUCAACAAAUGUGCACCAAUACAUGGCUGUUUUUCUAAUGUAAGAACUAGUUUUAAUCCAAGUCUGAGUCUUCUGCAGUGAGACAUUCAGAGAACAUGUGAUUGAGGUCUGACCAGGGCACUCAGUCACAAGGUCAUUCAUGUAAAAGCAGCUGCAGGUCACCAUAUUGUGUGUAAUGUUGUCCCGUUCACUUAAUGUUGUGUUAUUUUUGGGAAUUUCUUAGUAUAUUGUAAAAUGUAUAAACAGGAUUCUUACUAUUGCACAAAAAUCAUGAUGUGUCAGGGUGGUCAUAUCUAAUCUAUCGCUGUGUUGUGCUUUACGACUUGUUUGAUUCUAUGUGUAUUUUUGAAUAUUAAGCCAAAAAAAUGCUUUAUUUAUGCACCGUGAAGUAUUAAACCAGUCCAUAGUGGUCAAUGAUGGGGUCAUGGCAUCAUGACCCACUAGUCCAUCACGUGAACUGGACCACUGAAAUUUUUUUUUGCGGGGUUGAAAUAAUGAAAGCUCGACAAGACCCCCAUGAUUUGUCAGGAAAUGCUGCUUACAUCAUGAUGAGUGCUGCAGAUAAAUGGAUGUUACACUAAUUGCACUGGUGGUGUGAAUUGUAAGUUACCAAUAACCUUAGUUCACCUUCUGUCUCUACUGUAUAUGGUUAGAGCAUCUCAUCUUUAGAAGAUGCUGCCUCUCCAGCAAGGAUACAGCCCCUUACCUGAGACAUUACUGCCUUAAAAUGUUAUGCACAUGAGAGGUGCAGGAAAAAUAUACUUUUUAAAUUUUUAAACCAAAGUCAAAAAGAUUCAAUUAAAAACCAAAACUCACAAUGUGUCAGUCCGUCUCUCAAUACUGUACAAUUCUCAGCCUCCAAGUCCUCCAAGUGUUGAAAUGAAGUUGUAAUCAAACAGGAGGAAAAAGGGUUUUUGAUUGAAACUAUUUUCCACAUUAGGAGGAUUAGUGACUAUAUGAGGUGUGUGUGUGUGUGUGUGUGUGUGUGUGUGUGUGUGUGUGUGUGUGUGUGUGUGUGUGUGUGUGUGUGUGUGUGUGUGUGUGUGUGUGUGUGUGUGUGUGUGUGUGUGUGUGUGUGUGUGUGUGUGUGUGUGUGUGAGAAGCAGGAGUCCAAUAUAUCAGCAAAUGGAUUAUGACAAACAUCCCUGUGUAAACGGAAAGAUGAAACUAACUUCAUAUCAUGUAUGCCAUGCACAACAGAUCUGUUUUGGCUUCAGCCAUUGCCAUUAGUUUCCAUUCAUUUCUGUUUGGCAUAAACAUGUUAUUUCGGACUAGAAACUUGCCCAUAGGACUGUUACAAAGAAACAGUAAUGGAACUUUGGCGUAGAGUCCUAGAUUUUCAUAUCUUACAGAAAUGUAUGCAAACAAGUAACUGCUGCUGUGUUAGCAGAAAAAGAACAUGCAUAAAUCUAUCUAUGAAAAGAAGCAAUAUAAUUUGCACAUAUUUGUGAGGUUGAGUAUUAUGUCUGCUAAAAUGAACCAAACAUGGAUAUUUUAUGAUAGGCUACUUUAAUUUCCAUUUUGAAAAUAGUUUAUCAAAACCAUUUACAAAUGUAGUCAGUUAUAAACAGAUGGAGUAGCAUGUUGUACGUAACAUAUUUCUUUUUUUAAACAAUUCACUGAGCAGUAAUACAAAUGUCAUUAUUCCAAUGGUACUCUCGAAGCAACCAUAUUAGAUGAGCUCUCUUAGAUUACGUGUGCUCGACUGGAGCUGCUGAUCCAGACCUCUGGAUUCCUGCUGUGACCUGCAUGUCGUCACAGUUUCUGUGCUGUCAUUUUAUAUAGGCUGUCAUAUGUGUGUGUUUUGUGUUUUUGUUGUCAUUCCCUCAGUCUCUGGUAACACAUGGUCCGUCUUGACUCUGUCCCUGACACUGACUGUUGAGUGUUUAGACUGUAAUCAACCCUACACAAAGAUAAAUCAUUCUUGGUUUCUUUGUUUCUCUCUCUCCUGUCUGUGUUCCAUUGCUGUUUAACCUAGGUUUGUCUCCCUGUUGUGUUUUUCUUUUUGUUUUUUCUAGAUCUCUUCCUGUUUGCCCUAGCAUGUUGAUGUGGCCUCACAGUUCAUCGUCCAGUCCUUGUGUUUCCUGCUCUUCUCUGAUGCUUCAAAUUUCACCUUUGACAUGUUUGACAUUGAUUUCCAGGAGGUUUAGUUUUUUUGGUUUCCUAUGUCCUCUGUGUUGUCAACAGGGGCACUAGAAAGACUGCCACUGAAUAUGUUUCAAAGUUACAUUAGUUAUUAAAAGCAAAUAAGAGAAUCUAUUUUUCUAGAAGUGACUGAUAUACCACUAGACUUUUUUUCAAAAUCUGUUUGACAUGAGUCUGAGCUUUAACUUUGUUUUAAUAUUUGUUGUUAUUGAGCAGUCCUCCCAGUGCCCCCUCCUGUGUGUGUGUGUGUGUGUGUGUGUGUGUGUGUGUGUGUGUGUGUGUGUGUGUGUGUGUGUGUGUGUGUGUGUGUGUGUGUGUGUGUGUGUGUGUGUGUGUGUGUGUGUGUGUGUGUGUGUGUGUGUGUGUGUGUGUGUGACAGCAGCUUCUUUUUCCAGACGAUUUGCGUGAGUUCGUCUUUGGGAGUUCCCAUUUGAGAAAUGCUUUGAGGAGGUAACAUUAAUGUGAGUGUAAAAACAAUAAAAUAAAGUUUUUAAGUUUGAGCUUGUCCACUCACCACUGCAAGCACAUGAUGCAUUUCUGCUCUUUCUUUUGUGGAGAAUCAGACAUCAAAUCCACAGCGGAGACACUUUUGUCACGAUACAUUUAGUAUUCAUGUUUUUUAUAUAUAUAUAUAAUAAUCUGCAAUGAAAUUCUUGGUAAAAUGUGAUCUAGUUUGUGUUAACUUCAAAAUUAUGAAUAAACUGGUGCCAAAUGUUUCGCACAAUCACUA